AAUUUCCAGUGCUGGACGUCGACGUUCCCGGUGUACAAGUCGAGAUUACUGGCAUCGCUGAAGCAGGAAUACUGUGCUUUUUCGUGCCUUCCGCGCUUGUUUUGACUGGGAUUGCGGCAUGCAGUGACUUAUGUUCCUUUGUCGUCGACAAUUGAGCCGUGUCGUCUUUCACAACCUUCUUUCGUGUACGCGCCAAGUGGCGUGUAGAAAAUACACAAAAAAUGCAGGCAGCCCUGCUGCACAGGCGGUACCUAGCGUGCAAUCUUCGUCUCUCACGCGAUCUUCAUCUUCCCAGUCAGACGAAUAUCCUACGACUUCCUAUCCGAUUAUAUCCCGACAAACGCGUCGAAAACCCAAACACCUCACGCUCGAUGGAUAUUUUCAGAUGCGCACUCAGGAUCUCCAGGCCAUUGCUUUUUUGCCUGUUGAUGCCUACCUGGAUAUCCUCGACGACAGACCACUGUCUCUGAACCAGUACAAGACAAUUGUAUCGGACGUCCUUCAAAUUUACAAGGGCUCAACGGGAGAUCAGAUGGCCGUUAUACGGUCUAUCACGCAAUCGGGUCAUUUUUUCAACCUAUCCCCCGAGGACGUACUGGCGUUGGUACAGAGACUUGACCAGUUGUUUGGCGGUCUGGAAAAGGCGGACCGUGGCCUCUUUGAGCGCCUUCUAGGGAAGCUGCAUCCCUCCCGUACGGUCGCGCACCUGGAGCUGCUUGAUAUGCUACACCCCGUCUUGAUGUAUCACCUUGAAGAACAUCCCCUUCCACCCAAGAAGACAUCUAUACCGUACCGCCCAAGUCAGCUUAUCCGCAAAUCGGGAUUCUACAUUCGGGCUCUUUUGAUUGCAGACAAACGCGACAAGGUGUUGGAGGUGUUCCAGGCGCUAAUGGAGAAGCAAUUUGUUCAACCGAUUCCAGAGCUUUCUGCAUCUCAAGAGUUCGGGGUUAUCGUUCUCUUGACCCUGACGAAGGCAUGGUUUCAUUGGGAUUGGCGAAACGUUGGUAUGCUGCUCCUGCUCGACGGGGUCCGCCAGCCGAAUGCUUUCGAGGCGGCAAUUGCACCUACCACGCACCGCCUCAUCGCAGACUGUGUUCACCAGUGUGUUCAGAAUGCCAGGUACCAUGAACUGGGCCAGUGCCUGGAGCUCCUUUUCCAGCUCCGUUUCAUCUCGCCCCUUCCCGAUAAUAUCAUUCAUGCGUUAUACAUCGCCCUCAAAACGUAUGAAUUUUUUGACCUAGGUUUGAAGCUGUACGGCUUGGUCAACAAAGACUCAGUCAUUGAACAUCAUUCAUAUCCGCCUCCACCGAGUAAAGUUCUAUUAUGGCUACUGCGAUCAAUUGACAACCAAUCGUCGGGGUCCCGACUGGCCCGAAUUCUCGCUGGAGCCGUCGUAAACCAAAAUGUCGACCUGCCCGUGGAGGAUCGCGCUCAUUUUAUUGCGAUACUAGCGAAAAAUGGUUUUGGUAAUCUCGCAAGGACGUUAUGGCUCCGAUACUCCACCGGGCCAGACAAGGCAUUUGUCACCGGCAACGCGACUUGUAUGAUUCGCAUGGUUUCCAUUUUCACACAUCUCCGAAAACGGCUUGAAGCCCCAGAAGGCCGUCAAUUGACGAGAAUUCCAGACCCUGCACUGUCUCGGGAGCGCGACGCUGAAUAUGCGACUUUCGUUGACCAUGUGUUGGCAGAGUGGUCCCUGGUUCAUACGCCUUUGACAGCCGCUAGCCACGAGAAUUUGACAUCGUUCGCACGAGCCAAUUUCAUAGCUGGACGGCAAUCUGAUGUGUUCAGCGUCUAUGAGAUACUUCUCGAACGCAGGGAAAUCCCAGAUCUUUAUGACGUGAAUGUCGUGUUGAGAGCACUGGCGGAGCGACAUCCUCGCGCUGCAGCGAGGAUGAUCGAGAGGAUGAUUGAGAAAGGCUUGCAACCCGAUGGAGUGACUUUUGGCACGGUACUUCACCAAGCCCUCGUACACAAUGACUUGUCGCUUUUCCAGGAUCUCCUCCUCCGACUUGGCGAAAUGCAGGUGGUGCUGACGGAGAAAGCGCUGGUGUCUUUCGUGCGCGCCAAUGCGACGUUCAGCGUCACUGCAGCGCCUGACGUUCAGAGAAAGAAGUUCCUUGGCAUUUUGUCGGUCGUCACGGCCAUGAAACAUACGGGGAUCACGUCGUCGCCGCAUCUAGGCAAGUUUCUCGUGUAUGCGGCGUUGAAAGCGGGAUUGGCGGUAUUUGCCUACAGAUUCUGGAAAGUGCUGUUAUCGGGGUCGGCUCAAUGGGACGACGACGAACAAGGCCAGCUACGAAGUACGUUGAUCUCUAACAUUCGAUCUCGCUGGCGCAAAGGUGCCCUGGCGGAAGGGCGGGCUAGACUCAUGCUGAGGCAUCUCGCGGGUAGGAAUUGUAAUAGGACAUAAUAGAAAAAUUUGAGUAACCAAGAAACGGGGGGGGGAAAAGGUUACGAUGGACAAAAUGGAGCACGUGGAAGUAGGCACGAGCCGCAACUCGGAUCGGAGGCAAUGAAAGUGGUGGUGAUGUG